AUGGACUCGCAAGAGGGACCCGGAGCAGCGCUCCCCCAUCAAGCCCUCAUGAUGCCAACAUACCCCAGUAACUGUCUCUAUUUUGCGAAGGCGCUGGAAGGCUCAGUUCCCACUCUGUCCACAGCCCAGCGCGCGCCGCCGAAACUGAACAUUCUACUGGUUGGGGCGGGUCUAGGAGGGCUCGCCACCGCGAUUGCACUCACGCAGGCCGGCCACCAGGUUACCGUGUACGAGCAGACGCCCGUGCUCGGGGAAGUUGGUGCGGGGAUCCAGAUCCCCUCGAACUCCUCUCGCAUCCUGUUCAGGCUCGGGCUUGAGCCCUACCUGAAGCCGUACGUCACAGCCCCCGAGAAUAUCGCCUUCCGUCGAUGGCAGACCGGGAAGGUGAUUGGGAAGACGCGGCUGCUUCCGGACUUUAUUGACAUCUUUGGAGCGCCCUAUUACGUGAUCCAUCGCGCGGACUUCCACUCUGCCCUGUGCCAGAGGGCAAAGGAUCUGGGGAUUGAAAUCAACCUCGGGGCGGUCGUCGUCGAUUACGAUCCGGAGCUGGGAAGCAUUACCCUGAAAGAUGGCACGAGGCACACGGGCGACCUGGUCGUCGCAGCGGAUGGGAUAAAGUCAGUAGCCCGCAGGGUACUGCUCAACGGCGAGGAGAUGGUCUUCCGGAAGCCCGGCUUCGCUGCGUAUCGGGCGGUCGUGGGUGUAGACCGCAUGCGCGAUGAUUCUGAGUUGUCAUGGAUCUUAGAAAAGCCUGCAUUGAAUAUUUGGAUUGGCGACUCUCGACACGUCAUGACCUACACGAUUGGGGCGGGCAAGGCAUUCAAUAUGGUGCUGUCGCAUCCAGAUUCCUCCGAUCCGGCUACGUGGGACGCGGUAACGGCCCUGAAGAGCAUGCGGACUGAGUUUCAGGGAUGGGACCCCACGCUCACGAAGAUCAUCGGGAUGGUGGAGAGAACCAUCAAAUGGCCGCUAGUAAGCGGGACCCUGCUCAAUCGCUGGACUAAGGGCAGGUUGGUCAUGCUGGGUGACGCGGCUCAUGCAAUGCUUCCGUACAUGUCGCAGGGUGCCGCGAUGGCCGUUGAGGAUGGCGUGGCGUUGGCGCGCUCCCUGUCCUACAUGCAGUCGCCAGACGAUCUAACCGAGGCAUUGGCCAUUUUCGAGAAAGUACGGAUGGUACGGACGAGCCAGAUGCAAGAGGCCAGCUUGUUGAACGGCAAGCUGUGGCAUUUUGCAGAUGGGCCCUUGCAGGAGGCACGCGAUCGGGCCAUGGCAGCGGAAGUGGAUGGUCUGCCUUUCAGUCAUAGCCCUAAUCAAUGGAGUGAUCCGGCCACGCAGAUGUGGUGUUAUGGCUACGAGGCCGAGCGUGAGAUUGACCUGGCAUGGGCGGAGAAGCAGGAGAUACAAAAGAGGUAGAUUGCUG